AUGGCGGCCCCAAUCAAAGCUAUUCUGUUCGAUUUCAUUGGAACCUGUCUGGAUUGGCAUUCGAGCAUCGUGAAAGCCUUGCCGUCCGAACUCUCCGAGACCGAGAAAUCGACUUUCGCGUUGGAAUGGAGGCAGGCCUACUUUGACUACAACACCAAACGCCUAGCUGAAGGAGAGCCGGUAGAAGAUUUCGACGACAGCCAACGAUGGUUGCUCGAUGCUUUCCUGGACAGGACGUCGAAUCUGAACUUCAAGAAGUUUUUCUCGACCCAAGUCAAAGAGCACUUAGUGUCCGCCUGGCAUCAUCAAGAUGCGUGGCCGGAUGUUGCUGAAGCUUUGAGCAAGUUGAAGAGUCGCAGCAAACUGGAAGUGUACGUCCAUGCCAACGGCAGUACACGACUACAGUUGGAUCUCGUCAAGUCCGCCGGGCUACAUUACGACAUGCUCUUCUCCAGUGAGCUGCUGGGACUCUACAAGCCCGCGCCAGAAAGCUAUCGAGCCGCGAUGAAACUCUUGAAACUCAAGCCGGAUGAAUGCGUCAUGGUCGCCGCUCAUGCGAGCGAUCUGAGGGGUGCGAAGGCCGUGGGGAUGAAAACGGUCUAUGUUUACAGAUGGACGGACGACAUCAGAGAAGAUCAAGAAGUGGUGAAGCGGGAGAAUGAUGCAUAUCUGUUGGACAUGCGGAACUUGGAUGGUGUUAUUGCGAACCUGCGGGGCCCGGCAGGAGAUCAGUGA